AUGGAGAGACGCUGUGCAGUGGUUUCCUGUUUGCUGCUGACGGUCGCUGCGGCGACGGCCCAGACAGGUGGGACUCAGAUCAACGAACGUCUGCUGCCUCAGUGGCUCACCGGCAUCAUCGCCGUCUCCGUCUUCCUCUUCCUCGCCUUCGUCACCUUCCUGGUGAACAAGGCGUGGUGCGGGCGCUCCAGCAGGAGCAGCACUGUGGAGGAGCCCGAGAGAGAAAAUGAACUCGUCAUGACCAACGGAAACACCUACAGCACCACCCUGGACGUGGUCAGGAGCAAAGAAGACAUGAACGCCUACGACAACCUGGUGAUUGACAGCACUGACGACAGAGUUACCCCCAUGUGACAUCCUGCACUGAUCCUAUUGGCUGUCUGAACGAUGUCAUCACCAACUCUGGACACUAAACACACACAGGAAGUCUUCAUACAGAAAGAAGAGGAUGGUGAUUUGUUUUGUCGUACCUGUUGGCCCAGGCGGGUGGAGCUUAC